AUGGAAGUGAGAAAACAGAUAAAGCAGGCUGAAAAUGCUCAGAGUAAGAACAGUUCCAGAACUAUUCCUUUUGCUCCUGUGCUUUAUCAGUCUCUAGAUGAUUGCCCAGGAACUAGUAAUGCUCUCAGCAGAACCUCUAGUGAGCUUCUAGCGUCCCGCAAAUUCACAGACAAGCAUGAGUGGAUAUCUGUUGAAAACGGCAUUGGAACAGUAGGAAUCAGCAAUUUUGCACAGGAAGCAUUAGGAGACAUUGUUUACUGUAGUCUUCCAGAAGUUGGGACAAAAUUGAAUAAACAUGAUGAGUUUGGAGCUUUGGAAAGUGUGAAAGCUGCUAGUGAACUCUACUGUCCUUUCUCAGGAGAAGUGACUGAGAUUAAUGCUGCCCUGGCAGAUAAUCCAGGGCUUGUCAAUAAAUCUUGUUAUCAAGAUGGUUGGCUUAUCAAGAUGACUGCUGAACUUGAUGAUCUGAUGAAUGAAGAUGCCUAUGAGAAAUACAUAAAAUCCAUUGAGGACUGAGCUGGAAUAAUGAAAUAAAUCCAUAUAAAAUA